GGUGCUUCCUCCUCUCCCAUUGUCUGUAUAGCAUCAGCAGCACAGUGAGUUAAUGCAGAAUUCCAGCCCUGCUCUCUGCAGCCAGCACCCCCUCCCUCCCCGUGUCUGUGCUCCCCUCCGAAGCAUCGAUGUGAUUAUCCCCCCUCUCCCUCCCUGGCCAGGGCUUUGCAGCUGUCUCUGUUUUGGGGAAGGAGGUAUCAUCAUCAUCAGCCUGAGAAGCAGGGAGACUCCAGACAUCACACUGCAAACCAAGGUGCAACCAGCCUGGUUCUCUGCUGACAAAUGGAUUUCCCUCUGCCGGACUUCCCUUAUGAGCCUGCCUUUCUGAGAGAGUUCCUACGCAAUUCUUCCCUAAAUGGGAGUUUCUUCAAUGGGACUGGAGACAGGUUCCUGCCACUGGGCAUCCAGGUCACCAUAGUGGUGGUAUACCUGAUUGUCUGUGUGGUGGGCCUUGUGGGCAACUGUGCGGUGAUGUACGUCAUUGUUAGGUAUACCAAGAUGAAAACCGCUACCAACAUCUAUAUCUUCAACCUGGCCUUGGCCGAUGCCUUAGUGUUAAUAACACUACCAUUCCAAGGCACAGACAUUAUCAUGGGAAUCUGGCCCUUUGGAAAUGCCCUUUGUAAGAUUGCCAUCGCUAUUGACUACUACAACAUGUUCACCAGCACCUUCACCCUGACCAUGAUGAGUGUGGACCGGUACAUUGCCAUCUGUCAUCCUGUAAAAGCCCUUGACAUCCGUACUCCUCACAAAGCAAAAGUAGUCAAUGUCUGCAUCUGGAUUCUAGCCUCCUGUAUCGGAAUCCCUGUAAUGGUCAUGGGGUCGGCAGAGAUGGACAAUGAGGAUAUCGAGUGCAUGGUGCAGCUCCCUGAUCCAGAACAUUAUUGGGAACCAGUCUUUGGUACUUGUGUUUUUCUCUUUUCAUUUGUGAUACCUGUUCUUAUCAUCACCAUCUGCUACAGCUUGAUGAUCCGGAGGCUGAAAAAAGUCAGAGUCUUGUCUGGGUCAAGGGAAAAAGAUCGAAACCUUCGUCGCAUCACACGGCUGGUUCUGGUGGUGGUAGCUGUGUUUAUUAUUUGCUGGACCCCCAUUCAGAUUUAUGUGCUGGUACAGAGCCUUGGAGCCAAGCCCAACAGUGACAUCAAGGUGGUCAUCCUUCAUUUCUGCAUUGCCUUGGGCUACAUCAACAGCAGUCUCAACCCUGUUCUCUACGCCUUCUUAGAUGAGAACUUCAAAGCAUGCUUCAAGAAGUUCUGUUUUCCUUCCGCAUUCCGUACCGAGCUGCAGAUGUCCAACCGCAUGUGCAGCAUUGCCAAAGAUGUUGCCUAUGCCUGCAAGAACUCAGAUGGCCCGAAUAAUCCGGCAUGACUAGGCAUGGAACUGCCCAUGUUGGGCGGGGAAACAGACCAAGUGGGGACUAAUCCACAAGCAGAACUGACGCAAAUCACUGCUUUGUGACCAAGAUGAUGGAGGUGUACCGAGAAACACCUCCUUAUGGAUGCAAUUCAUGUAUACAAUGGAAAUACAGUGAAAAUCCAUUGGUUGUUUAAUAUGGAAUUUGACCAAUUCUGGUAAAAACGGAACAUUCAUGCUCGGUUCAGCUAAAGUUCUGCCGAUGUAAGUCUUAUUACUAGAGACACAAAAUAAGGGAAAACUCAUCAGCUCUGCAACCUUCUUGUUGAAACUGAAAUCUUCUUCAACUUUCCUUAUCUAUAAUCUGUACAGAAAUCAAAGAUUUUUCUAGAGUUUUUAAGUUAUUUAGCUCCAGAGGAGCAGAAAUCACCCAAGGGGAUUUGUUUCCCUAUGUACAGCCUAUAAUUUCUAUAUACCGUAUGUGCAUAGAAUUGUCAUAGUGUAUUAUAGUUUUAAAUUGCACAUGCACCUGUCAUUGUCUAAAACUGGAAGAUAUAUGACCAAAGCAAGGUUCUUAUGUCUCAACAGAGAUCUGUCCGAUUUAUUUUCUACAGACUGUCUAAGAAUUGUCUAUGAAUGAUGAGUUCUGGCCAAAUAUGGUCAUGAAGAUAACAUAUUUGAGAUAUUUGAGAAUACCAGAGACCUCGAUUCAUCCUUGUGGAUAAUGUCCUGUAUGACUUGUCCACUACAACUUGGUGAUAUAGUUCCCUUCUCAGGCAUCUGAACUCUUUAUAUCAGAUGGACUUUUUAAUGUUUCUCCAACAAGACUCACGUCAUUGGUGACAAGCCGAUCAUGUCUAAGAAGGCACAACUUUCUGCAGGACUAGACAGCUGCAUUCUACGCAGCUGGAUGAACAAAUGUUUUUACUUCAGAACUUACAGUCCAAACUACAGACAAAAAAGUUCCUUACAGCUUCUGUCAGUUGCGCGGAUAGGAUUUUCCGUGGACACUGGGUAUGGGUCUUUGCCCAUGUACUCAUCUGUAUCCGAUUAUUGAGAAGGUUACACUCAAGCAGCCUUAACUCUUCUCCUGACAAGUGUUGCCCUUAUCUAAAGCCUUUCAGAUUUCUAUAUAUAGAUACAUUUAGAUGUAUAUACUCUAUGUAAACAUACAUAAGAUUAUAUAUAUAUAUAUAUAUAUAUAUAUAUAUAUAUAUAUUCACUCACAUACAUUUUUGAAGCCUCAAAAUUAUAAGCCUUUCUUCACUGGGGAUCUGCUGAACUUUGCUCCAGGAAGCAAGGAAUCUAAAAAAAACUGCUGUAGCCAAAGGCAAAUGGUGACUGUAAGAGUAAUGACUUCAUAGUAUCUAGAAACAGCCCAUGUGUAGGGCUUCUGACAUAGGGCGCAAUGCCAGCCUAUGUGAACAAACGGAGUCCAUCAAGUGAAGAAAAGAGUGUCCUUUGGACUGAAGGACAGCAUAGAGAAGCACUUGACUUUUUAAAUGUAGCCGUGAUAUUUUAUUUUGUGCCCUACAAGAUGCUGUAUUGACCAAGAUCCGAUGCCCGCUGAGAGUGCCCUUUGCAUGAUCAUGCUAGACUGAAAAAGUAAGGUGACACAAAAAGUGCACAGAAUCUUAUCCUCUGCUGGUUCUAAGUACUUAUGGAGAUGUAGAACAUUUUAAUGGUUAGGACCUCCGUAUCUAUUUCUGGACUUGGAAAAGGGAGUUGCAUGAUCAGGAGCAUAGGACGAAGGAGUUUGUAUGUGUAGUGCGUGUUUACGGGCCACUUGCAGACCUCAAUUUUAGUGUUGGUUGAAUGAUUUUGGAUGGUGUGAAUGGAUGCCUUCAAUAUGUUUGUUAGAAUUAUUUUAUAAUGGGUUCAAUUGUGGGCAAUCUAAGUGAUAAAUUGGUGCAGUACUAUGUCCCAAGUAGCUUAGUUGUGAUCCAUGUUGUGAUCCAUGUGGAGGAUAAACCUUUUUUCAUUAAUAACUCAGUUUGUGGCUAAAAUAUGGCCCUGCCCGGUCUGUGGUUUUAAUUUCAUUCUGAAUUUUCAAAAAAAUGUCACUGCAUUUGGAUGAGUAUUCUCAAUAAGUAUUGUCAAAAGACAUCUUAUUUUCCAAAGUGACCAUGAUUGAGCCCAUCUUAGGACCAACAUACUACAUUAGUGUACCCAUAUACAGUAUUAUACGAGGCAGAAACUUUUACAUUCAGAGUCCUCUCAAUCACUUAGUGAAGUCUCUUAGUGAAUUAAUGGGCAUCAUGUAUUGUAUAAAAUGACUGCCUGAUGCCAAUAGCUAUUGGGGUGGCAGAGACAUACAGUCCUGCAUUUAUCAUUGUGUUUACCCUUUUUUCCGUCUAUAUUUGGAGCUAUUUUGGCGCAUGUGUCCUUUUUUGCACCUUUUUUUGCACCUUUUGGUUUACACAUUUCUGCUGAUUUUGAGUUGCAAUCCACUGAUUUUGGCAACAUGCAUGACAUGGACAGGUUUUAUCAACUGCGCCUUUUUGUGAAAAGGCCCAAAAAAGGUGCACCACCAAAAAGGUGCAAAACCGCCAAAAAUCUACACCAGCCUAGACUUAGCUUAGCUUUUCGGUGUAUGUGAAGAGAGAAAUUUCAGAAAAUGUGACCUGCACAAAAUUUAUCAAAUGCUCUGUGACCAUUUCAUAAAUUUGGUGCUCCUACACAUCACAGCUCACAAAAAAUGGUGUAGAAAAAUGCUUCACUUACACCUACAAUGAUAAAUGCCCCCCCCCACCUCAGUAUAUCUAGGAACCCCUAAUUACACAAUGAUAUAAUCAUGCCCAAUAGCAGGCAUAUGAUAUUGUAUAUAGCUCCGUUAUAAUGUGACAGUGUCCUAAAUGGAUGCAUGGCAUUUGCAAUUAACUGGGGGUCCAGGUAUAGGUGUUUCUAUUGUAAAGCUGGCAAUAAGUACUUUUUUUUAUGAGAUGAUUGGCUUAGAGUAACCCAGCAAAUUGUGCCACAGGUAGGUGUCCAGGGAGACAGAGAGCAGCACAUUAUUCCAAUGUCUGAUCAUAUAAGUUAAUGUGGCCAUUGUAAAGCCCAGGGCUGUAUCUGUUGCCUCCUCAGUUUGUGCAGUGUCUUAUGCAUCCUUUGGAAGUGUGAAAUUGUGGUAUAUGAUUCGUAAUGAAAUGAAAAUCAUGACUAGAAGGGGAACAGUGCAAUCUGCUUGCAGGAGUGCCUUAUUGCUAACUCUAUUGUUAUUCUAGUUGUGUUUCCGUAUGGUGUGGACUGGUUUCGAUGAAUGGCUCCCGUGUGGAUGUCUCUCAGUGGGCAGCAUUGGAUCUUAAUGGUUCCUCUUUUUUGUGACCUCCCACCUCCUGUACAGAUUCCCUCUGCUUGCUCCAAUGUUUUCUGUGACUUUUACAUGCUGCUUUGCGGGAUGCAGGUUCAUGUCCCACAUAAUCUUCGUGCUAGCAGAACGACUCAUUGAAUGUCUGCCUGGAACGCGGCCAGUUCCGGGCUCCCUCACUUACCUGUACAGAAAUGCUUUUGUCUUCACUGACUUUGUGCUCAAAUUUUGCAGCAAGAUCUAUCUCACGUUAUGAGGCAAUUACUGGGAAAGCCAAUUCAUUCACCCGAGGAAUGUAAAGUCAUUGUGAAAUGGGUCCUACAUGAAGAUAGCACUGAGGACCUCUACAGAACCCUCCGACCACCUGACAGCUCCAGGAGAUUCCUAUAUACUUAAAGAGCAUCUCCAGUCAAAUAUAAAAAUUCUCCAACCUCUUCAGUUCCUUAAUUUGGUCUAUACAGGGGAAUUUUAACGAUAAUUACAUCCUUGGCCACAGGGGGCAGUAUUGUAAUUGUUAUAUUUUUGCUCAUUGUAGCAGUAUUAUAGUAGUACUGUUAUUAUCCACAGGAGGCAGCCAUCAUUUGACUUACCUGAUGUAGAAUUGUGCAGUUGUCACCUAAUUUCUCCUCCAUGACCUCCAAUGAGGCCACGGAAAGGCUCCUCCCUGCAUAAAGAGAAUAUGAAAAGGUGCAGCACCCUGUGGCCCGGUGGGAGGGCCCUGCAAAGAUCCUUUAUAAAAAAAAAAAAUCUAUGUUGCACAGUUUUUAUAUUUUUACCAGAAAAAAAUUCUAUGUAUCAGUGAUUUUAAGAUGUGUGACUGGAAUUGUUCUUUAAUGUAGAUAUUAGACUAUAUAUAUGCUCACUAUCAAAAAGGUAAAUAUAUGUGAUGUUUUACAUUCCUAGCACAUCUCCAUUACACGCUUGUGAAUUGUCAGGGUGUUUUCCAAUGAUUAUUCCUUGUGCAUCAUCAUUUUGCUUUCAUUGGUUUAGGUGACAUCCAUUGUACUGCCAUGAUCCCUUCACUUUAUAUCUAUGACAGCAGAUAAACCUUAAACCAGUUACAGAAAUAAACAUAGUUGCUUUCUUCCACAACAGCGCCAAACCUGCCCUCAGGUUGUGUGUGGUAUUACAAUUAAAUGGAACUGAGCUGCAAUACCGCACACAAACUAUAGACACACGUGGUGCUGUUUUUGGAAGAAAACAGCUAUGUUUAUCUAAUCCUGGAUAAUCUCUUUAAAUAUGAUGUUACUGAAUGGUAAAAGGACAGCAGUUGGUUCCCGGCACAUCAGGAUUAAUGUUUAAAGGCUAAAGAAGUGAGAAAACCGGUCAUUUCAGUCACUCCUUAAAAUGGUAUAAUUGCUCAACAUGUGGUAACACGCUCAGCAUGCCCUUACAGGUUUUCAGUACUACUUAAAUAGGCACUUUCAUUUAAACAAAUUUUGCAUAGAUCACUACUACAAGAGGAGAUAAGAAACUUUGUAAUUUAUCUUAUUAGACAAAAUGCUUCUUUGCUUCUUUCUCCUAUUAUCAAAUUCCCCCUCCCCCUCCUGCUGUUCAAAUCUUCUCUAAAAUCAGCUCAGCUUUGUCCUGUAUGAGCAGUCUAUAAAGAGGGAGGAGGGAGCUCCGCCCACCAGCUCUACUGCAAAUUAGAGAUGAAGCCUGCAGAGCAGAAAUCUGAAGAAAAAUACUAUAUAAAUGUUACAUAAUGGCCAGAAAUAUUGCUGCUUCUCCUGUACACACAGUGCAGAGAUACAUUAUGAAAUUCUGACUGGCUGCAGCCAGUUUACUGCAUACUGUGUUGUAAGUACUUGCGGACUGCGUAUAGACUAUAAAUGUCCAAGCAGUCAGCAGUAGCUAUGCAGAGAUGUUCCUAACCAUCCUGUCAGAGUUUUCUGUGGCACAGGGAUUGUACUGCUGUAGGAGAGAAGACUUGGCUGUCAGCAACAGGCAGGGACAGUUUAUUACCACCUGUUUCUUACCAAUUGCUAUGUACUUAGCUCAACAGGAGCCAUAGGACUUCCUGUGUACACAGCUCAACAGGAGCCAUAGGACUUCCUGCUUCUUAUCUUGGCAAUGGCGAGAUCACUGGGUGCCAGAUAGCUUCAGUGAGCUGCUGGGUGUUAGCAGACUCAGAUCAGUGCUGUAUAGUGUUGCUCGCGAAUAUUCACAAUGCAAAUUUUAUUCGCAAAUAUCGCAUAUUCGUGAAUUUGCGAAUAUUCACGAAUAUAGCACUAUAUAUUCGCAAUUACAAAUAUUCAUUUUUUUUUCACAGUACACAUCACAGUGAUCAUCCCUCUCUGCUUCCAGCUUGUGUGGUGUAAAGAAGGCUCUAAUACUACUGUGUGAGUCUGGCAUACGAAUUUCCGCAUAUGCGAAAAUUAGCAUAUGCUAAUUUUCGCAUAUGCGAAUUUACGCUUAUGCUAAUUUUCGCAUACACGAAAAUAAAACGUGAAUAUUACGAAUAUGUGAAUUUAGCGAAUAUAUGACGAAUAUUUGUCCAUAUAUUCACGAAAUAUCGCAAAUUCGAAUAUGGCCUAUGCUGCUCAACACUAGUGCUGUAGAGAGUGAGGUUUUUCUUUUAUCAUUAGCCUCAUUUACAAGGGAAAUCAGCAAUAAAGAAAAAUGUAUUGUACUAUUAACCCCUUCACAACCCAUCCAAUUUUGGCCUUAAAGAGAACCUGACAGCUAUUCACCCGCACUAAACCCAAUAUACUGGGUUAUAGUGCGGGUGAAUAGCUGUAAAAGGAAGGGUCACUUAAAUUUUUAGCUGCGGUAUGUCUGAAGUUCUGCCGGUUACAACUGCCUUUUUAUGGUGCUGCAGGGUGCAUUGGAGGCGGGGUAUAUUGGGAAGUAGAGCACUCAUCCACCCCCUCCAGAGAUACAGCUCCAGAGAUCCUUCCAAGCAAUUUAUUAAAUAAAAUAGUAAAAUAUAGGCAUAAUGAUGUGUUUUAGAGCUCACCACCCUUCUUAAGAUUCUUAAGACUGAUGGGUAUCUUGCUUCAAUACACAGUAGAUCAGUGUUUUCCAACCAGUGAGCCUCCAGCUGUUGCAAAACUACUGCCAGCAUGCCCGGACAGCCGUUGCCUAACUCUUUCCUCCCUUCCCUGUGGACCUACUUACUCUUACAGCCUCCACCAAUGUACCCUGCAUCCCCUGAGAAUCUUUGCGGUACGUCCACCUUCCGGAUCAAGCACCCAUCUGAAGUGCCUGCAGCUACAGCCCCGGACGUGAGUUUGCCAAGGUUGGCAGGUAACAACAGCUGUCUGAAUCUAGCACUUCUCCUGUAAAGGUAAGUGGGUCUCCAUGGAAGGGAGGAAGGAGUUAGGACGUGAAAGACCAGGAGCUGCGAUACAGGGUGUGCUCUCCGGGUCCCCGGCUUCUCUCUCUUUCAAAUAUGGCACCUUCCGAGCAGAGUUUCUGUACUAUAUCCGGGGAGACAUCAUUCCUAUGCCCCAGGUGUAUUAGUCAUGGGACACCUUACACAGACAGAAAUCACCUGUACUAUUUAUGUACAUUGCAUGUGCUAUAGAUACCCCUAGUCGCAGUAAGCCUGCCUUCACCUCUGACGCUGCACAGUAUUCUUAUUAAAUCACCGCCCAUGUGACGGACUAACAGUCUGUCAGAUGGAAACCAAACCCCCCUAAUCUUGGGAACGGGGGGCCCAAUCAACAUAUCGUUAAAAGGCAUGUGAUCGGCCCUCCUAACCUAUCUACCCAUUCAAGAAAAAAACAACAAUAUUUUGGUUUUGACCACAGUUUGGACCAAGGCCCAUUUGUCAAAUCUGCCCUGUCCCUCUUUAUGUUGGGAUAACUCUGGGGCGAUUUAACUUAUCCAAUGAUUUUGAGAUAGUUUUUUAUAUGACACAUUGUUCUUAAUUUUGGUCGAUACAGUCAGCUUUUUUUGUGAAAAACUCUAAAAUUACGUAAUAAAUUAGAGAAAUUUGCAUAUUUUUUUUACCUCUACCCUUUCCACAGGGCAGCUGUAAUUUGAGAUGCAUUUUUAGCAGUUUUGCUGGGUGAAUGAUAAGUUUAGGGGGAUGCAAAGGAACUUGAUUAAAAGUGAAAGAAGCAUUUUCCAUCAUAUGAUAUAUUGCAAAGUUUUUCCUUGUACUAAGUUUAAUUUGAAAAAAAAAAAAAAAAAUAUAUAUAUAUAUAUAUAUAAAAAAUGAUUCCAGGGUCAAUAUUCACUUUUAGGUUAUGUUCACACCUUGGAACAUUUAAUUCCGCAUUGGAAUUCUGCACAGAGAUUCCGCUGCAGCAGAGUCCUGUUGAAUUAAACAGGAUUAUGCUGCGCUGUGCACACGGUGAAAUUUUCGGUGGCACGGCACGGAAAUUUCGAUUUCAGUGUCUGCAAAAAGAAUGAACCUGUUCAUUCUUUCUGCAGAGUCCACACGGAACGCAUAGCCAUCAAUUAGAUGGCGCAUUCCCAUGCGGCUCUAGCGCCGGCAUAUUGUGCCGCCACCCGCAGUCUGCAGAAUAUUCAUACAGAGAUUUUUCCUGUGGACAUCUCGGGGUAUGAACAUAGUUCAUAUUUUUUUAGGCCGCAAAUUUGUUUCAGCAGAUUUUGCUGCACAUUGUAUUCAAUGUAUUCAAAUUGUAUUUAAAGUAUGCAAGUGUGAACUGACCCUUAGGGUAGGGUCACAUGUGCUCUAUUUUGCUGUGUAUUUUCUGCAGCUGAUUUAUCUACCCAUUAACAAUGGGUAGGAAAAUACGCUGCAGCAAAAUAUGGCACGUGUGACUCUACCCUAAGGGUACGUUCACACAUGCGCGGAUUUUCGCAGCGUAUUUAGCUGCGGAUCCGCUGGUGAAGGCCCCACUCUAUGCUGGGUUUACAUGUGCCUGCUGGUAGCGGCAAUACGCAGCUAUGAGCAGACACACUGCAGCGAUGUGCCGGGCGUACUCGCACAUCGCGGCCCCCUUUCCCUGCUCUGAGCUAGGCAGAGAGCUCCCGCGAUGUGCGAGUACACUGCGACUCGCACAUCGCAGUGUGCCUACUGGUAGCGGCGUAUUGCCACUACGAGCUGGCACAUGUAAAGGCAGCAUAGAGCGGGCCUUCACCAGCGGAUCUGCAGUGUAAAAUACGCUGAAAAUCCGCGCGUGUGAACGUACCCUAAGGGCUCAUUCACACGGGCGGAUUACCUGUGGAAUUUCCGCACCGUAUCUGCUACAGAAAAUCUGCUGCAGAUUUUGCUACCAUUGACUUCGAUGGGUCAGCAGAAAAUCCGCAAUAGAAACAGAUUUGCAAAUUUUCCUUCAGAGUCAUUGAAGUCAAUGGUCGCAAAAUCUGUUGCGAAUUUUCCUCAGCAGAUACACUGUGGAAAUUCUGCAGGUAAUCAGCCCGUGUGAACAUACCUUAAUAGUAAUUUCAAUCCUGAAUCUCCCAAUGUGUACAGGGGAUACAUGUUAUAGGCUGGAAUACCCCUUUAACAGUUUGGGCAGAUGUUGAUGUUCCUACUCUCAAGGACACGUAAAAAUUAUAAGCUGUCCUGGCAACAAAUCAAACAAUGACAUUAGUGUGGUGUCCCAUCUACAGGCUGCCAUAUUAUAAAGCAAUAGGAGCAGAUAAUAUUGAUGUAAAGCCCUCUCUGGAAUAAGGGGGUCCUGUGCACAUUCUUAAAGAGCUAGCUGUUAAACAUUGAGACCGCCCUCAUGUAUUUAAAGUUUAAAAAAAUAUAUAUUUUAUUGUCAUAUUGAAUCAUUUCCAUCGAUAUAUACCUCUGCCUGCAGAUAGAACAACAUGUUCAGCACGACAGGUUUACUUUAAAUUCAAGAUAAGAUAGAUAUAGAGAUAUAUCCUUAAUGCAAAAAUGGCCUUGUGCACAGAAACGACACACAAAGACCGCUCCACGCGGCUGUGUCAUUUGUCUAGGUCACUGUAAGCCAUAGUGCUUUAAAGACGCUGCCUCUCUCUGGAAUAAUUUAGCUUCAAUUAUCGAGAACAUGUAUCAAGCUAAUAUUAUGCAGAACAAAUGAAGGCAAUUAUCCUGUUUUCUUGUUAAUAGAAUUACCGAUGGUUCAUCUGUAAAAUUCUCAGAAACCAUUAAUCUCUUCAGCACGUUUGGUCGCCCCCCUAUCUUUACCACUUCCUCUCCCCUUACCUCUUCUCACAAGCGUUUAACAGAUUACUCAAAGCAAUGAAAUCCCACGUCUAGACUGGUACGGCGAGGCAGCCGAGCCCACUCACCCCAUGCCUCCCUGGCAGAUUCAAGACCUUUCCAUAAAGUACAGGCUUUAACAGAACAUCUUAAAAGAGCUGAUAAUCCCUUUAGUUGACAAUAAGUGGUGACAAAUUUAAUCAAGGAAGUUAAAGGGGUACUCCGGCCCUGAGACAUCUUAUCCC